AUGAACGAAAUCGCCAAAGUCAAUUGGAAUAUUCAGAAUAUUCUGGAAAACUUGGAAAUUGAAUCGGAUUCGGAAGAUUCUGGAGCUGAAGCUGAAAAGGCUGAUUGUGAGCCUGAAAUUGUUAUAAAAGGUAGGAUUUUUAGAAAGAUUUUAUUGAACAAUGAGAAAAAUUGAAUUUUGCAGAAGAAGAAGACUCGGAAGAUGAUUUUGAUGAUGAUGACGUCAUCGAAUUCGCAGAUUGCACUGGAAGUGAGUGUUUUCAAGGGCUAGGACUUGAAAACUUUCAAAAUGGAGCAGAAAAUCAUGAAAAUUGAGCCCAGGAGCUUGUAAAAUAUGAAAUUUCGAUGAAAAUGUGGUUCCGCAGCUCAUUUUUGUCUAAAUUUCAUGAUUUGCAAGCUUCAAAGCCUAGUUUUAAUGAUUUUCUAGCCUGAAAACCUCAAAAUUCAUGAAAACACAUCAAAAUCUUCUCCAGAUUUCACAAAAAAGCUAAACGCGGCUCGUCACAAUGUUGUUGCUCCAAAUGCAGUCAAAAAUCGACUAUUAAAUGACGCGGAAAGUCGAGCAGAUUCAAAUGAAGAUCGAAAAAGAAAACGAAUCAAAGAUCGUGCAGAUCGAGCAACUGUUGAACAGGUUUUAGAUCCUCGAACUCGUUUAGUGCUAUUUCGAUUGUUGCAAAAAGGAACUCUAUUGAAUAUUGAUGGAUGUAUUUCGACUGGAAAGGUUGGGAGAUUUUUCGGAUGGGCAAAAAGGAAGAUUUUACCUGAAAAUUAGGAAAUUUAGUGAUUUCUAGAUUCAAAAUUCAUGAAAAAUCCCAAUUUUUCAAUUGAAAUACAAUCAGAAUCCUUAAAAAGUCAUCAAUUUUCAGGGAAAACCCCAAAUUUCAUUGCCUAGGCUUGAAAAUCCAUUUAUUGAUUAGCAGCGCCUAUUUCUAAUGAAAGAAAAUAAGCAGCGCCUAUGUAUUAUCAUGAGAGACGCAGAGAAAAAUAAGCAGCGCCCACUUUUUCAUUGGAGGAAUUUGGGCGCUGCUUAUUUUUCUCUGCGUCUCUCGAUAUAAUGCAUAGGCGCUGCUUAUUUCCAUAAGCUCCGCCCACUUUUUGAAAAUAAGCAGCGCCUAUGUAUUAUCAUGAGAGACGCAGAGAAAAAUAAGCAGCGCCCACUUUUCAAUUGGAAAUUCGGGCGCUGCUUAUUUUUCACUGCACUCUCUUCGCAUGAGCGCUGCUUUUUUCAAGGAACUAAGCAGCGUCUAGUCAAAAAUGCUUCCCAGUUCCCCAAUAACUCCAAUAUUUUCCAGGAAGCCAAUGUCUACCACGCUCAAGGUGCCACCAACGAUCUAGCCGUAAAAAUCUACAAAACCUCAAUUCUCACCUUCAAAGAUCGCGAAAGAUAUGUGACUGGAGAAUUCCGAUAUCGCCACGGUUAUUGUAAAUCGAAUCCACGAAAAAUGGUUGCAGUUUGGGCCGAAAAAGAGAUGCGAAAUUUGGCGAGAAUGCAUGAAAUUGGAUUGCCUGUGCCAAAACCGCAUUUAUUAAAAGGACACGUGUUGGUGAUGGAUUUUAUUGGGAAAAAUGGAUGGCCAGCUCCACUGUUGAAAAAUGCGGAAUUAAAUGAAGUGGAAGCGGAACCAAUGUAUUGUGGAUUAGUUCGAGAUAUGAGAAGAUUAUAUAGAGAAUGUCGAUUGGUUCAUGCUGAUUUGAGUGAAUUUAAUAUGCUAGUUUGGGAAAAGCAGCUAUAUAUUAUUGAUGUUUCACAAUCUGUUGAACAAGAUCAUCCACAUGCAUUGGAAUUUUUGAGAAUGGAUUGUAAUAAUGUGAACAAGUAUUUUCGAGAACUUGGAGUUCGAGUUCUUUCAGUUAGAAGACUUUUUGAGAUUAUUGUGGAUCCGCUGAUGAGUGUAAAAGAAAUGGAGAAUAUUCUGGAAAAUGAGCGAUUCGAUGAAACAAUUAAGCAAGAGGAUGAUGCGCUUUUUAUGAAUGCUUUUAUUCCGCACAAAUUGGAACAUGUUUUGCAUUUUGAGAGAGAUGGAAAAUUGGCGAAAGCUGGAGAAGAAGCGAAUAAUCCGUUUCAGAAUAUUGUUACCAAGGUUGGUUUGGGAAAAAUAAGCAGCGCCUACUUUUUCGUUGAAGAAAUUUGGGCGCUGCUUAUAUUUCUCUGCGCUCUCUCAAAAUAAUGCAUAGGCGCUGCUUAACAAGCUCCGCCCACUUCGCUGAAGAAAAUCAGCAGCGCCUAUGUAUUAUUUGAAGAGAGCGCAGAGAAAAAUAAGCAGCGCCCAGUUUUUCGUUGAAGAAACUUGGGGCUGCUUAUAUUUCUCUGCGCUCUCUCGAAAUAAUGCAUAGGCGCUGCUUAACAAGCUCCGCCCACUUUGCUGAAGAAAAUAAGCAGCGCCUAUGUAUUAUGUGAAGAGAGCGCAGAGAAAAACGGCCUUUUUUCCAGAUCGAUUUGAAAGGUGAAGGUUUCGCUGAAAAUUCAGAUGAUGACCAAGAAGAACCGAAAAAGGGUAAAAAAUCGCGUGCCGAACCAACUGAAGAAGAAUUGGAAGAAAAGGAGAGGAAAAUUGCGAUGCAUACAAGGUAAAAAUCCUUUUUUUCACGUUUUUCAUCAUUUUCAUUUCCAGAAAUCGUGAGGAAACUGCUGAGGAGCGAAAAUUGCGAAAAAACGCAGUGAAAGAGGAAAAACGGGAGAACCGCAAGGAAAAAACGCCGAAACAUGUGAAAAAACGAGCACAUCGACAACAUAUGAAAUAA